GUCUUCGUGACUUCAAGCAUUCCUUGUGAUCUUAUCGGUAUCUUAUUCGAAUGCAAUACGUCCCGAUUCUGUCAGGUAGAGCUUUAGAGGAGCUUGAGAGUUGAGACAUAGCUUCGCCAUGGCCAUGACAACGCUGCCGGGAGGCAAGGUCCAUGAAUUGCCCGCAGACCUCGCCACGGCACUUAUGGACGACGAGACUGCCAAGGCAGCCUGGCUUGACAUCACAGUGCUGGCGCGCAACGAGUUCAUCUGUUGGGUCAGCGAUGCCAAGCAGGCGAGCACCCGCGAGCGCAGGAUCCGCCGGGCGGUCGAGGAACUCAAUGAGGGGAAGCGCCGGCCAUGCUGCUGGCCAGGAUGUUCGCACCGCGAGCGUAAUGGUAGAUAG